AUGGGACGAAAAGCGAUCAAGAUCUAUGGCGUGAACCACGACCCAAUGCUCAGCGAGACGGAGCGACCCGCUUCGGUCUCGAAGUACAUGAAUCGAGCGUCAAGUGUGGAUUCCACCGUCUGA